AGCAGCCAAAGACCCUGCUCUGAUCACACAAGACAUCACCAGACUUUCACUACACCCAAGAGCCACAACUAGGAGCAAGAUGCAACGCAUUAGAGAAGGCAUCCACAUUCGCACUAUGAAAGCCAAAAGGAAAGUGGAGGAGAUCUCCAAAGAGGAUAUUCAGGCUUUCUUUAAGAAGAAUGCAUUUGUGCUCUUCACAGUUGGGGCAGUGGUUGUAGGGAUAAUCCUGGGUUUUGCCCUCCGGCCUUAUAAAAUGUCCUACAGGGAAGUGAAGUACUUCUCGUUUCCUGGAGAAUUGUUGAUGCGAAUGCUUCAGAUGCUGGUGCUGCCUCUCCUCGUCUCCAGUCUAAUCACAGGAAUGGCUGCUCUGGAUAGCAAAGCUUCAGGCAAAAUGGGCAUGCGAGCAGUCAUUUACUACAUGACCACAACUUUCAUUGCCGUCUUUAUUGGGAUUUUGGUGGUCCUCAUUAUUCAUCCUGGAAGAGGAUCUAAGGACGAGUUUGGAAAACAGAAGACAAUAGAACAAGUUAGUCCAGCAGAUGCCUUCCUUGAUUUGAUCAGGAACAUGUUUCCACCAAACUUAGUUCAAGCAUGCACACAGCAGUUCAAAACCAAAUAUGGGAAGAGAACAUUUCAAAUAUCAGUGACAGUGAACGACACGCUCCUCAACUCGUCGACCAACGGCACACAGGAGUUGAUGGAGGUCACCCAGGAGGAGGUGAUCCCAGUUCCAGGUCAAGUCAACGGUGUCAAUGCCCUGGGGCUGGUGGUGUUCUCCAUGUGCUUUGGUUUAAUAAUUGGAAACAUGAAGGAGCAGGGUCAGCUCUUGAGGGACUUUUUCGACAGUCUCAAUGAAGCCAUCAUGCAGCUUGUUGCUAUAAUUAUGUGGUAUGCUCCUGUUGGGAUACUCUUUCUUAUCGCAGGGAAGAUUGUCGAAAUGGAUGACCUGACCCAGAUGGGUGGACAGUUGGGCAUGUACACCAUCACGGUCAUUAUCGGCCUCCUGAUCCAUGCCGUCAUUAUUCUCCCUACUCUGUAUUUUGUGAUCACAAGGCAAAACCCAUUUCUGUUCAUUGCUGGGCUUCUACAGGCUCUGAUAACUGCUCUAGGAACUUCCUCCAGCUCAGCGACACUGCCUGUCACCUUCAAAUGUUUGGAGGAAAACAACAGAAUUGACAAGCGAAUCACUCGUUUUGUGCUGCCCGUUGGAGCCACCAUCAACAUGGAUGGGACUGCUCUGUAUGAGGCACUGGCAGCCAUCUUUAUUGCUCAGGUCAACAAUAUUGAGAUGAACUUUGGUCAGAUAAUAACAAUUAGUAUCACAGCGACAGCAGCCAGUAUUGGUGCUGCAGGGAUCCCUCAGGCCGGCCUGGUCACCAUGGUCAUUGUUCUAACCUCUGUUGGACUUCCUACUGAUGACAUCACCCUCAUCAUUGCAGUUGAUUGGUUCCUUGACCGUUUGCGCACUACCACAAAUGUUUUGGGUGAUUCCAUUGGAGCGGGGAUUGUGGAGUUCUUGUCCCGUCAUGAGCUCCGCAGCAGAGAUGUGGAGAUGGGCAACUCUGUGCUGGAGGAAAAGGAGAGGAAGAAACCGUACAAGCUCAUCUCCCAGGAUUGUGAUCUGGACAAUGACAAGCGCAGGCACAGUGAAUCUAAUGUGUAGGCCCUGAGCACAAAGGAGGAAUAGAGAAUAAAGAGUUUACUUAGUCUGGCUUCAAGUCUGUUUGAUGUGUGUGGUUGUAAACAUUAUAAUCAUUGACAAAGCAUGGGAUAAGACUAAGAAAUAAUUUUUAAUGUUUGUUCAACCUGUGUUAUGCUCUUCCUUUAGGCU